AUAUCUCAUCUGCACGACCUGGAGGAGUUCGAGUUUCGACCCUCGUAAAACUAGGUAUGGCGCUUCAGAGUUUUUAGAAGUACUCGUAUACGUACUUCGAUAUUAAAAAGGAUCAUAGAGGUCUAGUCUAUGUCAACUACAGGUCACAGCAGCCACCAAAAGUCUAGUAGUGAAACCAAAUCGUACUUCUAACAGAAAAUGGUACAGCCCGCAGGCAGUGCGACAAACGAGUCCAACAACGACCAAGAGUGGGAGUCUACGGAAGAUGAGGAGCCGGCGGGGGACCAAGAACUACAACCUGGC